AUGGACCAAAAGACCUCUAACGGCCAGGGCCAGGGGCAUUCCGUUAGUCCCUUGGUUCCAAAGGCCCCCACAGCCGCCCCGAAUCGAUCUACUACCUACAAAUGGUACCCACGUCCCUGGUUCUCGCCGUCAGCAAGAUCCAGAGUGUUACCCAUCUGCAACAAGGAGGCACAAAGCGCCCGACCCGACAUUAACCGCCUGACUCGCCGACCCUUUACAACCAGCGGCUCUGUGGGGAGUACGGUGUACCGUCAUGGACCGUUUGUCCCAGGACGAGGGAAUAAUGAGGCGGAGACGAUCCAAAAUUGGGUCAACAACCUACCCCAGUUCCAACCUCCAGGGCUAAUUGGCGAAUUUUGGGGAGAGGAGGGGGAAGAAGCUGUCAAUAUCAAUUCAGUCUUCCCCGCCAAAAAGGCCAAAGCGAACAGCAAGGGUCACUACCGAAGGCAAAACGAUAAAAUUGCAAACAACGACGGACGGCCUCACCAAGAUCCUUGCCGUAUUGGCAAUGCGACCUCGCGCGUGAGCGGAGCCGGAAACGGCGCUCACUUUUGGAUCUUGGCUCCCUCCCCUGAGGACAAUGCUGUUGGCCGCUCUUUCGGCCCCGAACGGCAGGCAUGGAGCGGCCGAAAGAGAGAGGGGGAGUUGUCCAGCGUCUUCCCGCGUGAAAACUCGGUUGGACUUUCAUAA